UGCGUCUCGAAACCACAAAAGGACGAUUUUGAUGUGCACUUUGCUCCCCUAAGCAGUUACAACGAUAGCGGUAUGUUCACGGUCACACAACCGACCCGGAACUGCGAUCCAUUCGAAGUGAUAAGCCUACGCCGCAAUCUAUGGAAUGUAACUGACGGACUUCGUCCUCAUUUUACGUGGGUAUCCGGUCUUGUCAAGAAAUGGACAGUUGAGCCGACCAAAAAACAGCAAGUCCAAAAACUGCAGCAGUUCAAUGGAAGCUUAUCAGCGCUUGUGCAAUCCACCAGUUCCUUGAUGCAGAUACUCCACUUCGGCGCAUCUUCUUCGCCUAUGCGAUUUUUGGAUUUUCUACCAGCACUUACGCAGUACGUCACUGGCCGAACCUAUUUUGUCACUCAUACAAUAAAAGAUGAGUUCAUCAUGGUAUUUUAUGAUGUCGACUUGAUGUACGAUAAAAGCAAACUGAACACGGUUGCAAGCGAAUACCUAAAAAACGGGAUUCAUUCGAUUCAUUACAUCGUUUUUAAAGCAGUAGCUCCAGGGCUGCAUUAUGUGGAAUCACAGAACAGAUACAUUGUCCAUCUAACGUGUAGCAUACGGUACGCAUGCGGCUAUGUGGCUUCCCUAAAUGGUUAUCUUUCAAACACAUCUUUUGCCAUCAACCAGAUGCAACUUACCUGUGCGAAAGUGCUGCGCCAUCAGUACGAAUACUGA